CGCGACUGACUAGCAUCCUGACAUCGACAUCAUCAACUUUUUUCUUCAACCAUGCCGUCUCGCAAGCGCUCGCUUGCGGCCAUCGAUGGCGACGAUGGUGAGACAGAACACUCAUUACAGCAUCGCAUCCGUAAUAUGUGGCAGUUUGCGAACCUUUGCCAGUGGAUAUACAUAUUUGGCAAGGCUGCGAAAAUCGACGAAGCUAUUGAUGUUGAGGAAAUUGAAACGGAAUGCCUCAAGCCGAACUCGAGUAUCUUGGCAGACAUUGCCCUCGCCCUCCUCAAACUAGUUUCGUCGCAUCGUGGUUUAACGCAUGAAAUUUUCGAUGACCAAGCACGAAAACAAUUUACGAAGAGAUCGCCGAACUACAACCCCUUCGGUUUUGGUGAAACACCCCUCAAAUUCAACGAUUUCGACAUUUUUACCAAGAUCAAGGUCAUGCAACAACUGACUCAAUGGGCCAUGAUCCAUCCUGAGCGCAUUCGGGAUAAGAUGGAAGAGCAAAAAGAUAGCGAGCAAACAAGUUGGCGAAUAGAACCAUAUGGUUGGGAUGCAGAUGACAGAACCUACUUCGUGCUGGACGAUAACCGAGUGUAUCGGCUUACAGAACCUCCGAUGAUUACGAAACCCACCAAACCGAAGAAAUCCAGAGCAUCGUAUGGAAGUCGGCGCUCGAGCAAAAGACGACGCACGACCUUGAAUGCAGAAGAAGAAGUGGCUGAAACGGAUCAAGAAAUCAAAGAAGAUACGCCUAGCGAAGAUGAUGGCCUGGGUGGAAUGACAUGGGAAUGUCUCGCCGUAACUCUGGAUGAUGUACGAUCUGUUGUGGAUGGUUUUCGGAAGACGCGUGACGAGAAUGAGAAAAUCCUGCGCGACCAACUAGAAAAACACCUUGUUCCUAUCCUUGAAAAACAAGAACAAUCUCGGCAACGCAGAGAGUUACAGCGAGAGCGAGAGCUAGCGAACGCUGCCAAAAUGGCGAAUGCAAAACGAUCGAGUCGAAUUGCUGGGAAAGUUGAACAACAGAGGCAGGAGGAACAGACUCGGGAGGAAGAACGACACCGAAAGGAAGAAGAAGCAAGCAAACGACGAGAAGAAUUGGCGCAAAUUAAAAUGGAAGAGGAGCGCGAUAAAAGACUGGUGUCUCGUGAACAACGGUUACGAGAACGCGAGGCACGACGCGUCCAGCAUGAGGAAGAACUUGCACAACUCUCCGAAGACAGCAAGAACUUAUCAAGUAGCAGCGGACGAGUAUCUGAACGCCGUCUUCAAGUUGAAAUUGAGAAAAACAAGCAAGCUCUGAAGGAGCUCGAGGAUGAGGAAGAAGAUUGGAUUUUCGACUGCACUUGUGGUCUCUAUGGCCAAGUGGACGAUGGAGCUCACAGCGUAGCUUGCGAGAGAUGCAAUGUCUGGCAGCAUAGUCAAUGUGUUGGACUGAGCGAAGCAGCAGCUGACCAGCCAGAAUUCCACUAUAUCUGUGCUUCUUGUAUUCGGCGCGAACAAGAAGCCAAACGGCCCAGACCAACUAUCAAGUUGAAGCUCAAUCGUCCACCUAACUCCGGCGCCCGGCCAGAUCCAUCUCGCUCUUCGAGUCACUUAGGGUUAUCCCUUAGUGGGGAGGCUCAGAAGGUCAACGGGACAGGAGAUGGAGAUCACGACGCAUCUAACGGCAACGUUGAACAUAGCUUGGCUCCAUUGACUUCCACCCCUGGUACUAAUGUCAAUGGCGUUGGCUUCACAAUUAGUAUGAUGGACGCCCGCUCAGAGGUGAGUAAGGAGGUGCUUGGCACACCCAAAGGGACACCGGUGAUUCCGGCACCUGUCAAGCUAGAUGCUAGCAUCCAGGGCAGCCCAUCACGCAGUACGUCUAUGACCACCCCGAUGACGUCCUUCCGGACACCUAGUCCUUCGAAAGGUAUCGACAGCUUCCAGGGGGAUAAAACAGCUGAGUCGGCGUUGAGCACACCUCAGAUCAGCCGCGAGAUAUAUCGAGCAGCUCACGAGCAGAACGGAACUAUACCUUCUAUCGCUGGGCUCUCCCCAACCAAGCAUUCACCACCCCGCCCCAUCGAUUCGGCCAGCUCGAAUAGAUUCAAGGCUGCUACUCCAAUACUUCCUCCAGUCGCACUAUCACCCUCUCCUCAACAUCAGAUUUUGACUCCGCCAAUCAAACCAUCGGAGCCACCAAGACCGUUUGAAAACCGAUGAACGCUCCAAACACGGGGAUUUAAUAAGGCAUGGGUCCUGGUCAACGCCAUGACUGUGUUAGGAAGUCUUCUAAACCAUGUUUAGGCAUGAUAUGAGACUUAUCCCUAAGCCAUCUCCAACAGCAAUACAAGCACAACCAAUACGAUAAUAGUAUUAACAAGAAGAAGAUGAGUCUUUUUCUCUCAUUGGAGAGGGAUAGAGCUAUUCAAAACAAUUGCCUGUCAUGGGGCCUCAAAUGAGAGGAUGGCACAGGCAGGUCGAAUCACACUUUCCCCCAUCUGCAAGGACUCUAUAAUCGUCUCCAGAUCAAACUAGGCAAGUGAGCGACCAACAGGAUUUGUGAUCUGAAGCACUGCAGCAACGCGAGACGCGAAUGGCCGAAUCUAUGCCGAAAAUAGGGUGUCUAUCAACAUUGCUAGGCGUGAUGAAAAUGAUGGUCAGGAACAAAUGGCCAAAGCUUCGAAUAGAAGCCUGUUUCUUUUUUGGACGCCAGGUCGGAAUAGUCUUAAAGGCAGAGAUGAUCUGCCAAAACAGAACCAACAGACCAGGCUGGCACAGGGCUAGAUCAGGCUGGGCAAUUAUGGAUUAUUUGGUUGGUUAGUCGUUCGGCUACCGCGACACAUCAAACAGACGCUGCCAGCAUGACUGCGAGUGGCCGCUUGGUCCCAGUUAUCCGGCAUUUGAAGCAAACAUGCUGCAGCCUUCCACAUAACAAGCCUGGUAGGGCAUGGCAGGGCAAGACAGCUAAUGGAAGCAAAGCAAAACAGCGGUGGACAGGAGCUGUCGGAGUAUCAGGAUGGCACGGCGCCUUUGGUUAUAAGUAAGAGAACAUUACGGAUAAUAGAUCGAGAUCGAUUCACCAAACAAUAGGAAGUCAACAACGUCUCAAGUUGGGAUGAUUGAUGACAGCCAGAGGGGCCGGAUGCGCACAUCAAAGGAAUGCGCCGUGGCUGAACUAGUGGCAUGCGAAUAAGGCGGCGCAGGGAAGCACAAUCAAAAGUAUGACAUUCUGUUUCUAUUGAAUGGAUUGCGGCUGGACGCCAAGCGGCCCCAUCUCUUAAGCUCAUAGGGCUUCUAUUCUAUCUGUGUUUCUCCAUGUUGGCCCGGGUGUAGUGUGGUGGGUGGUAGAGGGUGGAGGAUGCCGGCCAACGACACAUGUAAAUGCAGCUUGGAGAGGUCUACCACUCUGGUAACGGUCCGCAUUGCGGUCUGUUUCCCAACAGGACAGUCGUCUGCUCCGCUCUCUUUGAACUUAGGGGCAUCAGGUCGUUGCUUGUCUAUUUGUGGGCAUGGUCCUGGCGUUGUAGACAUAUCUAUGGUAUCAGAAUGUCCCAAGCACAUACAAAACCACUUGUGGCAGCUCAAUGAAAUCCGACAAAGACGCCCUUGCUGAGUGCUCUAUCUUCAGGCCGCUUAAGACCAACAUAGCUACUGUCAAAAGAUCAGACUUUAUCUCUUCAUCUACAUUGUGCUUCUUACAAAGUCCACUUGCCGUUGUUCACUAUAGUACCUGUGUCGUUCC